AUGGCCGACGACGAGACCGCCAAGAAGCUGGCCACGGACGUCGCCUGCGCCGUCUUCUCGCGCGAGCUGAACCUGCGCAAGGCCUUCUCGCGCCUCGACGUCGACAAGAACGGCGCCAUCGACCGCGACGAGUUCGCGGCGCUGCUCGCGCCGCUGUCGACGGCCUGCACGGCCGCGGCGACCUCGGCGGUCUUCGACCUCUUCGACGCCGACAAGUCCGGCACGAUCUCGUCGAGCGAAUUUCAGGACGCGCUCCUCGAGUACGGCGGCGCCGCGCCGCCGCCGCCGACGAAGAAGCCCGCGGCCGCGGCGAAGCACGUCGAGGCCAUCAAGGAGGCCGCGGAGUACGUCGAGGUCGACGGCGACACGAUGACGGACGCGGACGUCAUGGACGAGCUCAGCGACCGCCUCGAGCAGGAGGGCGUGCCGCUGCACACGCUGUACCGCGUGCUCGCGCCGCGCGACGGCCGGAUGACGCGCGACACGCUGCGGUCCGUCCUCGAAAAGAUGGGCCUGGGUUACGCGUUGGCGUCGCCCGCGGAGGAGGCGGCCGCGGCGAAGAAGGCGCCCGCCGUGCGGGCGGCCGAAGCCGUCGUCGCGCCGGCCGCCCAGGAGGAGCACGUCGGCGACGCUUUGGAGCACGCGAACGCCUUCAACGUGAACCAGCAGCGCGCCUGCGAGGUGCUCAAAUCCGGCGACGCGUCCGACGAGGCCGUCAGGUCCCUGCUGCCCAUCUUGAAGGCGAAGAUGCACGCGCACGGCUACGACACGGGCAAGGUCGGCGACCUGUUCCUGCGCCUGGACGCGGACCGCUCCGGGUCCAUCUCGCCGCGGGAGUUCCUGGAGCUCAUGCGGUCCUGGGGCGUCAACCUGACGGCGGAGCAGGGCGUGCACCUUCUCGAGCCCUUCGACGUCAACUUGGACGGGUCGCUGGACUUCCACGAGUUCGUGAAAUGGGUCGAGAUGUGGUGCCCGCCGGAGGACGAAAACGAGUACGCGGCGUCGUGGCGCCGCGGCGGGCCCACGGACCAGCGCGUCUGGGCGCGGUCCGGCGACGGCGCGGGACGCGUCGGGCGCGUCGACCGGCUCAUGGCCAUGAUCGACGCGGACCACGACGGCGCGAUCGAGUGCUACGAGUUCAUCCGCGCGCUGUCGCGCAAGGACGACUACGACCGGCCCAUCGGCGGCGGCGGCGGCGGCGGCGGCCUGGGGCAGGGCCGCCUGAAUCCGGACGGGUCGGCCAAGGCCGACGACGUCGUCGAAGCGCCGGCGGCGGUCGAGGAAGCGACGGACGCGGCGCCCGAGGUCGACGACGACGCGGUCGCGGCCGCGUGGCUCGCGGCCGUCGUCGGUGCGCUGCAAGCCGGCGGCGUCGAGGCGAGCCGCGCGUUCACCAAGGCCGUGGGACACGCGGCCGUCGCCGGCAAGGACGUGCUCACGAUCGAGGGCCUGCUCCGCUGCGGCGACGCCGUCGGCGUCGCCCGCGCCCAGCUCGACGAGCGCCGGACGGGCGCCGCGGCCGUCGUCCGCAGGUACGGGACGGCGCUCGACGGCGUGCCCGUGCUCCCCGCCUGGCGGCUCCUGGACCUCUGCGCCGUCGAGGAGGACCUCGCGGCCUACGAGCAGAAGGUCGUCGAGCCGCGGAAGCCCUCGCCGAAGCGGCGGAAGAAGCAGGAGCCGCCAAGCUGGGCGCCGGGCGUCGAGAUCUACGUCGCGGCGAAGCCGCCGCCGCGGGGCGGCGCCGCGGCAGCGGCGGCGGCGGACCCGGACGCCGCCGAGGCCGCGGCGCUGGACGCCGCGCUAAAAGAAGCGCCCGCGGCGCUCGAGGCGCUGACGCCGGCGCAGCUGCGGCAGGUGGCGAUCUCGGACAACGCGAUGAUCCAGCAGCUGCGCGCGGAGCUCGCGGAGCGCAGCAGCCACAUGCGCGACAUGUUCGCGCGCAUGGACGCCGACGGGUCCGGCGAGAUCUCCGUGCUCGAGUUCCGCAAAGGCCUGCAGAAGGCGGGCUUCACGGACCACGGGGCCGUGCACAAGAAGGGCCUCGACCGCGGCGCGAUCGCCGUGUCCGUGGAGGACACCGUGCGCCUCUUCAACUACUACGACAAGGACCGGAGCGGGAGCCUGUCCUACGCGGAGUUCAUGAAGCUCCUCCAGAACAGCGUCGCCAUCGACUACCGCCCCAUGGUCGUCGGCGAGGACAGCGCCGUCACCGUGGCCGGGGGCUACGACGGCGAUUUAUGA